UCGCGGCGCUAGCUUUCUUUUCCAAAAUGGUGGACGUACUUCUAGCUGUGGUCGGAUUUUUGUGGCUUACUUAUUUAUGGGAAAACUAUCUCUCAUACCGUCAGCAUAAAGUUCUAAAGUACACUAAGGAUGUUCCUGAUGAGCUGAAAGACACAUUGGAUCACGAGUCAUUUGAGAAAGCACGGGUUUAUCAGCUGGAUCGCUCUUCAUUUGGUUUUGUAUCUGGAGCAUAUUCUCAAGUAGAAACAACGCUUAUCCUACUGCUUGGUGGAAUACCUUUUUUGUGGAGAAUUUCUGGACUGUUGAUUUCCAAAUUUGGUUAUUCAACUGAUUACGAGAUCACUCAGUCAUUGGCAUUUCUUUUGAUCGGGAUGCUUUUCAGUACCAUCACAGAUCUUCCUUGGAGCCUGUAUAGUACAUUUGUUAUUGAAGAGAAACACGGCUUCAACAAGCAGACUCUUGGCUUCUUCUUUAAGGAUACUGUGAAGAAGCUGGCUGUCAUGCUGGUGAUAUCACUUCCUUUACUUGCUGCAUUGCUUUACAUCAUCAAGUGGGGUGGAGAGUACUUCUUCAUCUAUACUUGGAUAUUUACACUUAUAGUUACCCUGGCUUUAGUGACAGUAUACAUGGACUACAUAGCCCCUUUAUUUGACAAGUUCACUCUUCUUCCAGAAGGAACUCUGCGCUCUGCAAUUGAGCAGUUAGCAGCCAGGAUAUCUUUUCCAUUAACCAAAAUUUAUAUUGUGGAUGGAUCCAAGAGAUCCUCUCAUAGCAAUGCAUAUUUUUAUGGAUUCUUCAAGAACAAGAGGAUUGUUCUUUUUGACACUUUACUGGCUGAAAAUCCUAUAAAGGAAGAGAAGGAUAGUGAAGAAGGUGGAAAGGAAAAUGAUGAUAACAAGGAGCAAGAUAAGGAGGCAGUGGAUGAACCUGUGGAAAAUAAUGAGCAGAAGGAGGAUGCAACAGAAGAUGAUGAAGUGAAGAAGGGCAAAGGUUGCUCAAAUGAUGAGAUACUGGCAGUUCUAGGGCAUGAACUGGGCCACUGGAAACUUAGUCACACCCUUAAAAACCUUGGAAUCUCACAGGUGAACACAUUUUUUUCGUUCAUGAUGUUCGGUUUUCUGAUGCAUAACAGGGCAUUGUUUGCAAGCUUUGGUUUCCCCGACUCACAGCCCACAUUGAUUGGUCUGGUGAUCAUAUUUCAGUUUAUAUUUUCACCUUACAAUGAGUUACUAGGUUUUCUGAUGACCGUCCUAAGCCGAAAGUUUGAAUUUCAAGCCGACGCCUUCGCAAAGAAUCUUGGGUUUUCCACAUUUUUACGUUCAGCCCUGAUAAAGCUUCACAAAGACAACCUUGGGUUCCCUGUGGCAGAUAAAUUAUACUCGGCGUACCAUUUCUCACAUCCGCCUUUGAUUGAACGGCUGAGAGCCUUAGGAAUCAAAGAAGAGUGAUACGAUAACCACAGUAAUUAGCAUAAGAAGUGACCUGUGGCACCUUUAAUUCUUAAGAAAGAAACGACUCCUGUUUAUCUUAAAUCUGAAGUUAUCUAUGCUUCGUGAGUCUCAUAUGUAUUUGCAUGCUUUAAUGUAUCAUUUUAGAGAAGGUUGUGCUGAGCCGAGUUUGUGUUUAAGAUACUCGGCUUAUAAAUGAGAAGACUAUAACUUG